CAGUCUCAGGCCCAUCGUCACCCGCCAGCAGCCACUGUUCCCCACCUCACCGCGCGUCCAAACCCCGCCGCCUCCCGCAGCGCCGCUCCGAGUCCGGCUUCGGCCUCAUCUCAUCCCAUGAGCAUGGUUCUCGACGAGGUCGAAUCCGCCGGCACCCGCACCCAGGACUGCCUCCCCCGCCCAGGCAGCCCCGGCUGGUCUGCUGCAGCUGGCGGCGGAGGCGGCGGGGCUAGCGACAGCUGGGCCCGCGAGCUGCUCCGGCGCGGAUGGGGGCUGACCCGGACGGCCGCCAUCGCCGGCGCCGCGGCGACGGCGGCGCCGGUCGUGGCCCCGCCGCUGAUCGUGCUCUCCGCCGCCGGCGUCGCGCUGUCCGUCCCUUUCGCCGCCUACCUCGCCAGCAUCGCCGCCGCUAACCACCUCACGGGCGCGCUCCUCCGUUCCUGCCAGCCGCCGCCGCCGCCGCCGUACAUCCAGGAAUACGACGACCUGGAGCAAGAGUUCCUCGACGCAUCGGAAGAGUACGGCCAAGAGGCUCCGGCGUUCGGCCAUUUGGAUACCGAAAUGGAGCAGGGCACCGCCGGAGAGGAAGACGGGAGCGACACUUCGCUGCCCCUGUCACGGGAUCCUGAGGCGCUUGCCGACGACGAGUUAGAAGGUGAAUUUUCUGCACCAUCAAUGCCACUGCUUCAAGAAGAGGAUACUCUGGUUCAGAGAAGUGGAGAAGAUGAGUUUUCUUUACUGAAUUCAGGCCAACCAUUGUUGCAAUCAGACAAUUGGAAGGGGAAAGAGGAUGGCGUGUAUUCUAAAAACAAUGAAGAGGAUGACAGAACCAUGGAGGAAAACAGGCCUGCAAAGGAGACGGUGUUGCAGGGCUUCUAUUUUCCUGAAUUGGGCGUGCCAGCGUCUGGUGGUGACCACGACAAUGUGGUCCAGGAGAAGGGAGAAGAUGAGUUUUCUGUACAGAAUUCAGGCCAGCAAUCAUUUCAAUUUCAGUCAAAGAAUUUUGAUGAAAAUGAAGAAGAUGAUGGAAGAACUAUGGAGGGAAAUAAGUUCACCAAGGAGACGGUGUCACAAGAGGCUAAGGCAUUCGGCUAUUUGGAUACUGAAAUAGAGCAGGCUAUCAUCAAAGAAGAAAAGGAGAGCGACACUUCGCCGCUGCUCCCACGGGAUCCUGGUGUUUCCGAAUCAUCGGCGCCUGCGUUUGCCGACGUCGAGGUGGAGGAGGUACAAGGUGAAUUUUCUGCCCAAGAAUCUGGCCAUGAUUCAUACAUGUCAUACCGUGGCAACGAUACGGAGGGGCACACACCAUUGGAAGGAAGUGGGUCUACUCAAAAGGAGACACUACCAAGGGGCUCUGGUGUUUCUGCAUCAGCAAAGCCACUGUUUCCUGAGAAGGAUAAUGUGAUUCAGGAAGAGGGAAACGACGAAGAAGCUGUACAAGUAUCAGGCGAGCAAUCAUUUCGAUCAAAGAAUUGGAAUGAAAAAAAGGAGGAUGUGUGUUCUAAAAAAGAAGAAGGCGAUGGUAAAACUAUGCAGGAAAACAAGUCUAUGGAGGAGACAGUGUCGCGAGGCCUCUGUUUUCCAGAAUCAUGUGUGCCAGCAUCAGGCGAAGAAGAUGACAAUGUGGUCCAGGAAAAGGGAGAAGGUAAAUUUGCUGCACAGCAUUCAGGCCAACGAUCAUUUCUGUCAAAGAAUUUGAAUGAAGAAGUAGAAGAGGAAGGCAAAACUACAGAGGAAAACAAGACUACCAAGGAGACGGCAUUCUAUGAAUCGUCUGUGCCGGCGUCAGGUGAUGAAGACAAUGUGGUUCAGGAAAAAAGAGAAGGUGAAAUUUCUGUACAGAAUUCAGGCCAAUUACCAUUUCAAUCAAAGAUGUGGAAUGAAAAAGUAGAGGAUGGCAAAACUACAGAGGAAAACAAGUCUACCGAGGCGAGGCAUUCGAAAGGCUCCUAUUUUCCAGAAUGGAGCGUGCCCGCAUCAGGUGAUGAAGAUAAAAAGGGAGAAGGUGAGUUUUCUGUACACAAUAUAGGUCAGUAUUCACUUUCAUCAGACAUUGGAGAUAAAAAAGAGCAUGACAUAAGAAAAGAAGCGAAAAGGUCUGCCGAGGACAUGCCACCACGAGACUCUGAAUCACCAACUCCAGUGUUUCAUGGGGAAGAUGAUACGGUUCAGGACAAGGAAGGAUUUGAAGUUGCAGUGCAGGGGGUGUUGGAAGAAGCUAGUAGUAAUACUGAUCUUGUUACCGCUGAAGUGGUUGAUUCGCAAGUGGAGAUUAUUGGAACUGCAGCACCUGAAAGUGAGGUGCUGCCACCGAGCACGGAUCUUGUCAUAGCCGAAGUGGUUGAUGUGGAAGUUGAGAUUAUUGCAACUGCAGCACCUGAUAGUGAGAUGGUGCCACCGAGUAACCUUCUGGUUGGUGAGUUACAUCCGGAUCUUGUUACAAGGGAAGUUAAUGAUGUGUAUGUGGGAAUUGUUGCUGCUGUGGAACCUGAGAGUGAGGUGCUGCAUGAGAGUAACCUCGCGAUUGGUGCGUCAACGGCAGAUCCUGGUACUGGGGAAAUUUCUGAUGUGCAAGUCAAUGUUGUUGCUGCUGCGAAGCCUGAAGAUGAGGUGCUGCAUGAGAGUGACCUUGCAGCUUAUGCUUCGACGGCAGAUUUUGGUACUGGGGAAAUUUCUGAUGUGCAAGUCAACAUUGUUGCUGCUGCGAAGCCUGAAGAUGAGGUGCUGCCAUUGAGUAACCUCACAGAAUGUGAGUCACAGGUGGUUGUGGAAACUCCCCAUGUUGGUGACAUCUUAGGAAUUGCUGCAAUAGGACACAAUGUAAAGGAUUCUGGUGGUGUAGACAAACAAGGCAUGGAAUGCUGCUUUGUCCCAGUGGCAUCUAUGCAUGAUAACGAAGGUAUAAUAUCCAGUGGGAGCACACCGUAUUUCUCCACCAUGGGCGAAGAAAUCAUUGACCUGUCUGAUCAGUCAAGUGAUGUGGGUUACACAAUGAUGAAUGAAGCAUUUAGGAGCAGAGUUGUUGCUGAGAGCGAGGCUCGCUACACGGAAGAACAGUUGAGGGAACAGCUCGACACGAUAAGAACAAUAACCGGGUACGGUGCCGUGCCUUCUUCGACACUGGAAGGCGAGAUGGCAGGGCUUUACGUAUUCGUGGGCGUGGAGCCCCCCGUCGGCUCAAGCGAUACCUCUGACCGCCUGAUGGCGCUCAGUGCAGAACUUCGGUUCUUGAAGUCAAUCAUCGGAGUGGACUGAAUAUAUUAGAUCUUCCAAGUGAGUUAUGACUUGCUCUGUCUGUAUGUGCAGCCGGUUCCUGUCCUCCUGUGGGAUUUUAGAUGCAUUCCUGUGUGCUACCCUGAUAUUGCGGCAUGAUACCAUUUGUAGCAUGAAAAUAAGCAUCUGGUGUGUGGAGAGAAAUCGAUGCUGCUGCAAUGUGUUCUGUGUGAGCC